CUCUCUCUCUCUCUCUCUCUCUCUCUCUCUCUCUCUCUCUCUCUCUCUGCCCUGGCCCUGGCCCUGUCCCUCGUCCCUCGCCCUUCGUCUCCUGCGGAGCCCUCGCUGGACGAGCUCCAGCAGCUUGCCGCCGCGAGCGAGGAAGGAAGGCGAGGCGAAUUUGUGGAUCGAUUUCGGGACCUGUUUUCUUUCUUCUUUCAGAUCGUUACCGAUUGGUUCGUGACGACGACGAGGCGGUCGUGCUGUUCCCGGGAUUGUUGCGAGUUUGCGUUUCAGGAAGGGAGGGGAGAGGUAUCUGCGAUUGGGCAUGUGUUUUAGGCUCGAUCGAUAGAUUGUGUGUCGAUGGGCUUGACGUGGUUAUGACCUACGACGUCACGUCGGUUUGCAGAUUGCCGAGUGAAGAUGAAUUCUGUCAUAUUUUCCGCGUGUGGUGUUCCGGAGUGUUUUGGUGUUGUGAGAAGCUUUGGCGAUGGUAGCAGGGUUCCACUAGUUGCUCCGGCCGAGAAGCAGGAUCAUCGGGGACCCCGUUAUGAGGCUGAUUGGAGUGCAAGGUCCGCGGGUCGUGGAUUAUCUCGAGCUCCAGAGAACAGAAUACUUGUCGCCGGUAGAAGACCCCGGGGCAUUACAGCUCGACGUGCGCUUCAGGAAUGUUGUGGGGGUCGCUCCUCUUUAGAUUCUGCCGCGGUUGGAGGAUGCAUAGCGAAGAUUAAGUCGAGCAAGGGGGCGAGAUCGAUGCGGAGAUACGGGGAAUUAGGAAUACAAGUCUCAGGGUUGGUGAUGGAAUGGCCGGCCACUUCCGCAAUUGCUGAGUCGGAGGCUUGCUCCAAGAAUGGCGCUUGCAAUGCUUUCCCAUCGCCACGGGCUUCUUGGCAGCAGCUCUGUCCUACUGCUUGGGUUACGAGGACCAUCGUCGGAAAACGACCCCAUGUCUGUUCGAAGUUGAGCAAACGAUCGUUUGCAGGCAAUGGAGGGUCGAAUUUUCCGGCACUGGAAACUGACAGGGAUUGCGGGAAUAGUUUCGGAGGACCUUUGAGUAGUCAGGGCCUAUUUAGAAAGAAUUUUAGAGCUUUCCCAAUUCGUUCUGUUAUUUUGAGCAGAUCUCCGGACACCAAGCCUGAUGAGCAACACGAAUCAGAGCAAGACGCAGCAUCCGAAAGUUUAGUUGAAACUACUUCUGAAAAAGCGACAGAUUCCGUGGCUCCGAGUGUGGUGUUCGAAGGCGGGGGAAAGUGUGGUUUCGUUUCUUUCUACAGGCAAAUUAGGGCGCAACCAGAAUCGGAAACAUCCUCUUCUACACGCAGUCCUCUGCGCACUCUUCUCUGGCUGCUUGGACCUAUAAUGCUGACGGGUUCAGUUUUCCUUCCACCUCUCUUCCUCCGGAGAAUUUUUGGCAGUGUGCUCUCGGAUUCUCUGAUUACAGAUUUCGUUAUCCUUAUUUUCACGGAGACUUUGUUUUUCGUCGGUGCUUCUGUUUACUUAUACAUCGCCCACCAAUUUCGCAAGUCCGUCUCUACAACCGAGCAAAAACCAGCGAUGCAACUUCCUCUCGGCUACAGAGUAUCUGCGAUUGUUUCUCUCGGGAUCGGAUUGUUCUUACCAGUUGCCACUUAUUCAAUGGUUUGGCCGUGGACUGGCCCAGCAGCAUUAGCAGCCCUUGCUCCCAUCACAGUCGGGCUACUUGUUCAAUUGAGUCUGGAGAAAGUAGCGAAAGUGAAAAAAUCUCCGGUCUGGCCGCUCAUCCCCAUCACUUUCCAGAUAUACCGCCUUCACCAACUGAAUAGAGCUGCUCAGCUUAUUUCGGGUCUCAUGUUCUCGCUGAAGGGCGUGGAAGCCACAGCUGAAACCAUGGCUAUAAGUGGAUCUUUGCAGACUUUGCUGUUCGUGCUAAAAUUUCUCGGCGUCGUGUGCUUCUGGUCUCUCGGAGCUUUUCUUACGCAUCAGUUACCUGUUCAACCUCCCGUGUCUAGCUCCACUGCUUCUCUUCCUUGAGCGGACGAAGAUACGCAGUUUUCUACAGUUGAGCGAUCAGGCUGCGUACGACUAAUUUUCCGUAGCUUGAACUUCCACUUCCAGGCAGGAUAGACAAUAUGUAGAUUAUGUAGAUAAGUUUAGGUGGGAAGCUACUAGCUUCGAGUGGAAUCCAUCUGUCAUAUAUGAAGCUCAGCCGCUGCAAGAGGAGGACAAGGGCCAAAGUGAUCGGCUACGUUGUGUCGAGGAGCUCUAAUCCAAAUCGGUCGAACCUGCUCCGGAUGAUAGAAGUAGGUAUCUCCAUCGACUACUCAAAUUCACUGUCAUAGCAUUCCAUUGUACAGGACAAUUUACUCUGUAACCAAUCUCUUGAAUAAUAAACCUCUGCCUUAUGGCUUACAAGACAUCGUGCUUUGUAGAGCUUUGUCACUUUUACAGUGACAUGGAGUUCGGCAUGGAUGUUUCAUCUUCUUCUCAUAAAUAUGACGCAAUUUGAAGCCAUUACAUAGAUCAGCAUAUCUUGAUUGC